AUGUAUGCUAACAUCUCAUAUGCGCUUCUGUCGGCGGCGCUCAUCGUGCUAAGUAUGGUGCAUCUCAUCUUGCUUACCAUUCACCGCCCCCAGCCUCACCGUUUGCCUGAGAUAUCAAUCUUCGUUCUCUUUAUCUGCGUCAAUGCUGUUGUCAUUGGCAUUGGUCUAUCAGGCUUAAGGCGCGGGGAUACGCCAGCAUUCUACUAUCCCUUGGGAAUAUGUACAGCAUUCCCGUUAGCUCUAGAGAUGAUCCGGCAAACCAAAAUUCAGGCUGGACCUCUUACAAACGCCCUACUGCAUCGAUUAUUUCUAGGAUAUGGUGUUCUGUCCCCGGCGGUAAAGCUCGGGUUGAUCUUAUGCUCGGUCGCCUACGAGGCGUCGGUGAAAGGUACAGCUGUGGUCGUGUCUAUCGACUACACGGUACUUGUGAUUGCCGGUCUGCUUUUUUGGCACGGAAUUCGCGGUAUACCAUCUCAGGGGCCCGUAAUCCGUGAAGUUACAAUCCAUGCAUUUCUUGUUAUCGUAACGGCAGGAUUUGCCGCAGGUGGACUCGUCCACGACUGGCCUUUCUGGAUUGAAGUGAUGUUGAUUAUCACUAUUGGUGCCUAUAUGGCUCGAAAUAUCUCCGUUCAGUCUAUUGAACCGGGAAACGCAGUGCCGUUAGCGAAUUUCAGCAAUGACACCAUUUCCUGUUUCUGA